GCCGACUCUUCCACUCGCCCCCUGGCUCUCCCACCCCUCCCACAUCCAGUUUGGCGGGCCACAAGUGUGUCGACGUCAGGAUUUAUCUCACACAAACCUGCAUCCGACGCCUACUCGACCACCCUCCCCCACUGCGACUUGACUCGACAGCCAGAGCCAGAGACCAGGGCACACGCGAAGUACUCCGACGCACGCCGCUUUCUUCCCGACAUACAGCACCAUCCCGCAGCGAAGACUCAGUCAGCCAACUUCCCCAUCCCAUCCAUCCCGCCCGUAUCGCGCCUGCGCUGCAAGCCUGCACCUCUACGCCGAUCACUCAUCCGAGUCCACCCCAAGGCGCUUCCGCGAUCGAAAUACCGCGCGCAGGAUCGAGACUGCCUCUUCACCCCGCCAAACACCAUAAAUCACCCACGAUAACGACCCUUCUGUUGCCGUCACCCCUCGGUUCCCUGAGCGACGCUUCUACAUACACACUGACGAGCCUACAAACAACGGAAUCCCCAGUUUGAGUGCCCCUCUCGCCUCGCUGCGGCUCCUCAUUUCUCUUCCCCGUGCGAAACCGUCUUGCAGCGCAAGCUUGGACGUCUUGCCCUAGGAUCGACCCGGCUCGGGCACGGAUGACAGCAUAAACCCCAGCAACCUAGAGGGAUAUCAUACCGGAGAAUAGGGGUCCCCAACCGAAGCGCUUGCUUUUUUACCCUUUCGUCGGCGGAACCUCCCCGUCACGUCUUACGUCAAAACACGGCAAUCUCCUCACUCUUCUGCAACGACACACGCACGACCGGGUGCGGCUUCGAUCUGCAUACUACGAAUACAACCACAGUACGGCAAAGGCGACCGAUGACAUCGCGGUUCGACACAUCCACGAUGCCUUCUCAACGACCUUUCUUCCUCUCCACCUUCUUCAACUCCUUUAGACAACAGUCUCCUUCGGCGACGGUGCUGUCAUCGCAGCAACCGAAUAAGCAUACCACGCAGACAUCAUCGUCAUCGUACGCCACACAAUCCGCCGCUUCAGCGCCACGAGCCAUCUCCUCGAAUACAUCAACAAAUAGCGGCGGAAACAACGCUAACGCCAACUCGACGACCCGUUCGACAUCGGGAGUCGUGAACCAAUACCCACUUCACUCCCCGCGGGGUGGCAUCCCCAUUCCCGGUAGCGCCAACCGACGGCGCGGAAGCGACAGCAGCAGUGAAGGAUUCCGCGAUGUAUUAGGUGCCGAUAAAUGGUACAUCGGAGGGCGGACUGCCGGCGGCGAGGAAAAGUUCUUCAAGCUGGGCGUAGUCAGGAGGGUGCGCAGUAACGACGGCCUGAGUCUGGAUCGACUGAGUUUAUAGAAGUGAAGGAUGGCGGCGACGGCGAUGAUGAUGACGACGACGACGGAUGACGGCGACACGGGUGAUCGUAAGAAUGAUCAGACACGACGAAGGCUUUUAAACAUGAAAUGGGUAUAUAGGCGGAACUUGGGAAAUCGGCAUCAUCAAUGAGCCCCCUUUAACGAUACAUCGAUGGGAACAUAUCGGACAAAUCCUCAGAAUCAUGAGGCCACUGGCGUUUUGGAAGGAUUAUGACUUUUCUUUUUUGAAUCAAAUAGCAACCUGAAAAAGGCUAAGAGCAC